AUGACUGCGAGAACAACGGAUCGCAAAGGCAAAUCUAAGGAAACAAAAUCACUUGUGAAUGAACUCGAAAAUGAUCUGGCCACGUUUACACUUCCCGAUAGUUUGCCUUGUUCGGAACUAGAUUUUCCCCUCUUACCUAAAAGGAGACAACGAGCUAACUGGAAUAACAUAGUUGAAGAAAGUAACAGGAAAUUCCAGAAAAUUGAAGAAUAUGAAGAAAGUAAGAAGGAACAAAAACCGAUGUCACCUUUCUUAAACACUGAAUGUAAAUAUUUAAACGACGAAGUUUUUGUCCACCUUGUACCAGCUUUAGAAGAAACUCUUCGUAAGGCUCGUGUUUGGGCCGCUUUCAAAACACAAAAAUGCUUUUUCAACGGAAUUGAUCAUAUAGCUCAGAUUUUAUGGACUAAUAAUCCACGACAUCCAGAGCGCAAAGAAUUUGACAUCCAUAUAUUUAAUAUGCCUUGGGUUAAAAAACUGUUAAAAUUAUAUCCACGUCCUUACUAUCCUAAGUCUUGGCUAUGGACUGAGGACUACGCAGCUACCGUCAUUCAAAAAUCCGUUCGUCAAUACUUUGUGCAGAGAGAAGACGAAGUUCAAGAAAUGCGAAACUUUUGGAAAAAAUUGGAAUUCGAACGGAGCGUUCCAGAAAUAAAAGUCAAUCCACUAUUGUCGAAGAAAUUUGCAUCUUCACAUCAUUCUCAGAAGCAUUAA